UGCUCUGAUCUUCCUUGAAUAGCGUCAAGCUGCAAAGAUGCUUCGAAAAAUGAGAAAAUCCAAAAUAUUAAUUUCACUAAUGUGCAUCGCUGCUAUCGGGCUGUUCUCUGGAUCAUCACUGGAUUUUUCUGUUUUUUCCCUUGGCUUUGGAAAAUCAAGUGUUUGCACCUGCCACAAAUGUUUAGCAGAGGCGGAACCAUGGUUUAGGAAUCUUAUUGAAGCAGCUCCUGAACUCUUUUUGACAAAAAACCAGACACCCUCAGAACAAGUUUUCAACUGGUGGAAGCGAUUACAGUCCAGACAACGCAACUACACCAUCUACAAAAACGCAGUGGAGGCAGCAUUUGAGAUUGUCCCGCCCAUUCCGAAUGUUACGAUGUUUGAACCCCGCCGUGACCGUUGCAGGAGUUGUGCUGUGGUGGGGAAUUCUGGCAAUUUGAGGGGGUCACACUAUGGAAAGCUCAUAGAUUUUCAUAAUAUCGUAAUAAGAAUAAACCGUGGCCGUACCAAAGGCUACGAAGCACAUGUCGGAACCAAAACAACUUAUCGUGUAAUGUAUCCAGAGAGUGCUGUUCAACUGGAUAAUACCACUCACCUUAUAAUGUUUCCAUUCAAGACAUUUGAUUUCCAGUGGCUCUACAAGAAACUCGGUCCAUGGGAAAACAGUGCUGUGAAACCAAGGAGGAUAGCCAACAAAGAUUUGGUGAUCAUCCUCAAUCCAGCUUUCAUGAAAUAUGUUCAUGAAAUGUGGUCAGAAAAGAAGGGUGCCUAUCCAUCCACUGGCUUUUUGACUGUGAUUCUUAGCCUGGUUCUUUGUGACGAGGUCAGCGUUUUUGGCUUUGGAGCAGACAGCGAUGGAAACUGGAACCAUUACUUUGAAACUUUCAGAAACAAACACUUUAAAACUGGUGGUCAUCCAGGAGCAUUUGAAUAUAAACUUAUUGAGCAAUUACACGAUAAGAAGAUAUUAACUUUUUUUAAAGGAUUUUGAAGGUAAUUUUUCUUUCUCUUUUUCUGUUUUUGUCUCUGUCAAUUGAAAUAACAUGAACAGAACUGAUACAUUCGCUAUCGUUUAAGGUAAAUGAUAGCGAAUUAAAGUGAAUUAAAGUAAAGCAGGUUGUCCUCUAAUGAGAAGAAUGGUGGCUCAAUCCUCGGCUCCUCCAGUCAACACACUGAAGUAUCUUUGGGCAAGAUAGUGAACCGUGUGAUGAGCGUGUGAAUGGUUACUGGGUAGCAGUUGAAAUGCGCUACACAAGUGCAGUCCAUUUAAAUUGUUAUGUGUAACCCCCUGAAACCUGGCUCGACAUCAGUUUUCUUGUGCUGCAUUUAGAUGCCUAUCAUAAGCUAUUUGGCCAUCUGAAACCUAAGCAAAUAGGUGUGAUUUCUCAGGAAAACAAAGGGAAAAAGGCAAUUAGCAAUUAAGAAAGAAAUGACUCACAACUUGGAAAAAUAAUGGUCAGAUGAAAAUUACCUAAAAAAUAACAGAAAAUUAUCCGAAAUAAAAGGAAAAAAGUCUUGAAA